AUGUCGAGCACGGCCGAAACCCUUACCAAAUCAGCUUCGUUUGAAUCGAUCGGGGUCAGGAACACGCGAGUUAACGAGGCGCCAGGGGUCAAGCUCUCAUCGGACCAGAAGCUUCUUGUGGGAAGCGUAUUAGAUCUGUUCGAAGGCAAUCCGACUCUCAAGCAUUUAUCGCUGUGGUCUCCAGAUGCUACCUUCACCGACCCGAUCACAGUCGCUUCGGGAUAUAAAAAGUUUGCGGCGCAAUGGUACGGGUUACCCGCCCUGUUUAACCCAAUCCAGAUACAGAGCCACAGCGUGAAGUCGGCCGGGAACCCUAUCGAGGUAGAGUUGACGAACAAGUAUACCCUUAAAGGUAUUGGGACGGCGCAGACCAUCAACUCCGUCGUUCGUAUCGAUGUUGGACAGAGUGGUAAGAUCGAAAGGGUCGAAGACCGAUGGAACGACAAACUGCCUGACGGUGUGAUCAGUGAUGCCUUCCGAAAGUUGAAUGCGCAGACCGUUCCAAUAUUCGUAUCGGUUCCGAAGAAUGAAGAGGAAGAUCUUAAACUAAAGAGGUCACGGAAUGGUUCCUCAUAG